CUUCUUUUAUGUUUUCUCACUUAGAUUGCUUUCUUCUGCGCUGAGGUUUGCUGCCCAAUAAAUCGAGAUUGCACGGACGGAGAUCGUGGAAAGAUGAAGAUUUUCGUCAAGACUUUGAAGGGAACUCACUUCGAAAUCCAAGUGAAACCUGAAGAUAAAGUUGCUGAUGUGAAGGCAAAUAUAGAGGCAGUUCAAGGAUCAGAUGUUUAUCCUGCUUCACAACAGAUGCUUAUCCAUCAAGGAAAGGUUCUUAAGGAUGGCACAACAUUGGAUGAAAACAAAGUUGCUGAAAAUAGUUUUGUAGUUGUCAUGUUAUCAAAGAAUAAGAGCUCAUCUGAAGGUUCAACCGCAUCAACUGCACCUGCACCUGCACCUGCACCUGCACCUACACCUAUAGUUAAGGCCCCAUCUGCAAGUGCCCCUCCUCCAACUACAACUUCAACAUUAACAGCACCUCAAGCUCCUGUAGUAGCCUUGCCACCGCCUGCAACCGUACCUGCCCCUGCUCCAGCUGCAACUCCAGCAUCUACAGUCACUGUUGUCAGAUCUGAGGCUGAUGCCUAUGGCCAAGCAGCUUCAAAUCUAGUUGCAGGAAACAAUUUUGAGGAAGCUAUCCAACAAAUUCUUGAUAUGGGGGGAGGGACUUGGGACAGGGACACUGUAGUCCGUGCUCUUCGUGCUGCAUAUAAUAACCCAGAGCGUGCAGUUGAAUAUCUAUAUUCUGGUAUCCCUGAGCAAGCUGAAGUUCCACCUGUGGCUCGUGCCCCUCCCAGUGGGCAAGCUGCAAAUCCUCCAGCCCAAUCUCAGCAACCAGUACCUGCUCCUUCAAGUGGGCCCAAUGCAAAUCCAUUAGAUCUUUUCCCCCAGGGCAUUCCCAAUGUGGGUUCAAAUCCUGCUGGUGCAGGGACCUUGGAUUUUCUUCGCAACAGCCAACAAUUCCAAGCUUUGCGAGCUAUGGUGCAAGCUAAUCCACAAAUCUUGCAGCCUAUGCUUCAAGAGCUUGGAAAACAAAAUCCUCAGCUAAUGAGGCUUAUUCAAGAACAUCAGGCUGAUUUCCUUCGCCUUAUCAAUGAACCUGUAGAAGGGGGAGAGGGGAACAUACUGGGGCAGCUUGCUGCAGCAAUGCCACAGGCAGUGACAGUGACGCCGGAGGAACGGGAAGCCAUAGCUCGUCUUGAAGCAAUGGGUUUUGACCGUGCCCUGGUGUUGGAGGUGUUUUUUGCCUGCAAUAAGAAUGAGGAGCUGGCUGCCAACUAUCUUUUAGACCACAUGCAUGAGUUCGAGGAUUGAGAGAUUAAAGAUGGUCCCCUUUUAGUUAACCAGAAGAAAUCCUCCAUCCCCCUAGAACCACCACCUGAAAAGAAAGCUCUUUUUCCUUAUCAAAUAUUUUCUUUGCUUCUCUUUGUUAUUUUCUCUUCUCAAUUUCAUCACCGAUCCUCAGUUUGGAGUUUAAAAAUGUGGACUGUCUGGAGUAGGGAAGGCGCAGCAAGUUCAUACUUUCUUCCUGCUUCAUGACCUGUGCUCAGUUUCACCCCUUUAGGAUCUAUUACAAUAUUCUAUACGUAGUUUUCUUAAACUAUUUUAAUUUGUGUAUACUCUUCUACACCUUCGUCGAUUUGCAGGGACAUACCUUUGGUGGUCUGUGACUUUGUUCACAUAUAAGAUGUAUUGAAAUUAUCAUCUAAUCAUGAAGAGAAAUGGACGUUUGAAGGGGCUAUUUCGAUGUUAA